AUGCUAUCAGAGACUCUGUGUGCCUUUAUACUACUGUCAUUGAGUUUAUGGUACCAAUUUUUCAGAAAGUCUGGCUGGGGCGCCAACGAUAAUGUCCCAGAGCCUAGAGGUCUACCUGUUGUAGGCCACCUUCUGUCAUUGGGCAAGAGCCCGGCUCUCACGUACUAUAAAUGGGGACGACAAUGUAAUUCAGAGCUCAUUAAAAUUCGGCUCGGUGUUCAGCGCUUCUACGUUACCAACUCAUAUGCUGCCGCUUUGGAACUAAUCCAAAAAAACAUGUCUGCGAACUGUGACAGACCGCAGCCGCAUACAUUCUCUAAAGUGAUUUCUUCCACAGGACUAACGGUGGGUACGACCCCUUAUGGUAAAAGUUACAAGCGAAUGCGCAAGGCCAUUGGAGGCUUUCUCUGUCGCCGAGGAGUUGAUACGAACUUGCGUUAUAUUGACAAAGAAUCGCACUUAGCAGUUUCUUCUCUUCCUAUUGAAGUAGAUGCUCGUCCUCAUGACUGGUUCAAGGUAUACCCUUUUAAUGUCUCUAUGCAAAUAGCAUACGGGCGUAGAGUUGAAGACAUCAAUGAUAUCCACAAAAUCCUUGGCGUGGAACAAGAAAUCACAAGGUACAGAGCACAUUGGGCGACAAAUAUGGUUGACUACUUUCCUUUAAUUCGCUGGAUACUCCCACAACCGCACAAAGCUGCAGAGUGUCGGGUUGAGCGAGAACGUUACUUGCAAACUUUAAUCAACACGCCGAAAGAGAAACAGGACCAAACCUGUCUUGUUGCAGCAGCCAGACGUGGCGAUUUAAAACUUGAAAGCUUCCGAGAACUCAAAAGUAUCUGUAUGACCAUGUCAUCUGCAGGAUUGGAUAGUAUUCCUGGUGUUAUGGCUCUUUUCUUGGGCCACAUGUCCACACCGUACGGGCAGCGAAUUCAAACACAGAUUUACGAAGAACUACUGGCUCAAUUCUCAUCCAACGCUUAUGAAGAGGUGUUGUACGGUAAAGAUAUUCCAUAUUUGAGUGCAGUGGUGACUGAGACAUUGAGGUUCUCCGGCAUGCCCCUUGGGCUACCGCGGAAAACAGUCAAGCCAAUACACUUUGCUAGCAAUGGCGUGAAUAUGACAAUUCCAGUCAAUUCAACGAUUUUAUUGAAUAUUUUCGCGGCAAAUUUCGAUGAGAAACGAUACAUUGAUCCUUUAGUAUUUUUACCGGAACGUCACUUGAACUGCACCACAAAGCAGGGUCCGGCCCACUUCUCAUUCGGAGCAGGUAGCCGCAUUUGUGCCGGCGUCGCGCUGGCUACUCGUGAAAUGUAUGUGGCAAUAGCUCGCGUUGUCCUGCUUUAUCGCAUUUUACCCAGCAGUCAACCAGAAGACAAGAUGCCUACCAGCCCUUUUCAACUAUACAAGCAGCAAUCAGCGUUGAUGUUCGACCUUCCUAACUUCAAAGUACGUCUAGAACGGAGGAAUUAA